UUUGGUUUUCUGUUGCUAUCAGAAGUUAUUUCUAUGGAGUUUUUGUAAAAUUAUCUGCUUUUAUUUUUCAACUAUUUUUGAAUCUUCUAAGAGCCUCAAAAUUCUUAACUAUUUGUUUAGUCUUUGUUUUUGAUAUUCUCAACUGCUCUUUGUUAGAAAACAAAUUGAAUUCUUGCAUCUUUUUUUAACAGUUGUAUUUGUAGUAGAUCUGUUCUCCACCCACCUUCUUUUAAUGCCGUAAUUAGGAAAAAAAACAAUGGCUGCAGGAAGCAUUUGUGAACGUUUGGGUGAAUCUCUAGCUACUCAUCCAAAGCAGGCAAAGUCUAUCUUGUCGAGGAUUGAAAGCCUUGGACGGGGUAUUCAUAAGUCUCAAAAGCUGUUAUCGAUCCUCGAGAAGGAGGCUGGACAGCAAGCACUUGAUGGGAUAGUUGUCGAUGUCCUCAGGUCCACGCAGGAAGCAGUAGUUUCCUCUCCAUUGGUUGCCCUUGCCAUUCGUCCUGCUCCUGGUGUUUGGGAGUACAUUGCUGUGAAUGUCCAGAAGCUCUUCGUAGAGGAGUUCCAAGUUGCCGAGUAUCUGCUGUUGAAGGAGGAAAUCGUUGAUGGAAGCUCCAUUGGCGAGUUUACUCUGGAAUUGGACUUUGGCGCGUUCAAUAAUUCUAUUCCUCGCCCAUCUCUGUCAAAGUCUAUUGGUAACGGCAUGGAAUUCCUCAAUCGCCACCUUUCUGCCAAACUAUUCCAAGAUAAGGAGAACUUGAACUUAUUGCUUGAGUUUCUUCAAAUUCACUGCCAGAAGGGAAAGGUAAGCCAUGAAAAAUACCUGUACCUCUUUCGUUUAAAUAAAUUGCACGAUCAUUUGGACUCAUUCACUAUCAUGUCACAGGGUAUGCUACUGAAUGACAGAAUUCAAGAUGUGAAUGUCCUCCAACAUGCUUUGAGGAAGGCCGAGGAGUAUCUGACUCAUCUACCAUCCGAUACACCAUACUCUGUUUUUGAGAAAAGGUUCCAGGAGAUUGGUUUGGAGAAGGGAUGGGGUGAUAAUGCUGAGCAUGUUCUAGAGAUGAUACAUCUUCUUCUGGACCUCUUGCAGGCACCUGAUCCCGUCACUAUUGAAAGCUUCCUAGGAAGAAUCCCAUUGGUCUCCAAUGUUGUUAUCAUGACUCCUCAUGGAUACUUUGCCCAAGACAAUGUAUUGGGGUACCCUGACACCGGUGGCCAGGUUGUUUACAUCCUGGAUCAAGUCCGUGCCUUGGAGGAAGAGAUGCUUCACCGAUUCAAGCUGCAAGGACUUGACGUUACCCCACGUAUCCUUAUUAUUACUCGACUCCUCCCUGAUGCUGUGGGAACAACUUGUGGUCAGCGUCUUGAGAAAGUGUAUGGAACCAAGUAUUCUGAUAUUCUUCGAGUACCCUUCAGAACAGAAAAGGGAAUUGUGCGUAGAUGGAUCUCAAGAUUUGAAGUCUGGCCCUAUCUGGAAACUUACACUGAGGAUGUUGUACUUGAAAUUACCAAAGAGUUUCAGGGCAAGCCAGAUCUGAUCGUUGGGAAUUAUAGUGAUGGGAACAUUGUUGCCUCUCUAUUGGCACAUAAGUUUGAUGUUACGCAGUGCACCAUUGCUCACGCACUUGAGAAGACUAAGUACCCAGAUUCAGACAUCAAUUGGAAAAAGCUUGAGGAUAAGUAUCACUUCUCCUGCCAGUUUACUGCUGACCUUAUCGCUAUGAACCACACUGAUUUUAUCAUCACCAGCACCUUCCAAGAGAUUGCUGGAAGCAAAGACACUCUUGGCCAAUACGAGAGUCACAUUGCUUUCACUCUUCCAGGGCUCUACCGUGUAGUUGAUGGGAUUGACGUGUUCGAUCCGAAAUUCAACAUUGUCUCCCCUGGUGCUGAUAUGAGCAUAUACUUCCCUUACACUGAAGAGAAAAGGAGGUUAAAGAAGUUCCACCCUGAGAUUGAAGAGCUUCUUUACAGCCCUGUUGAGAACGCAGAGCACUUAUGUGUACUAAAAGAUCGCAAUAAGCCAAUUCUGUUUACCAUGGCAAGGUUGGACCGAGUAAAGAACUUAACUGGGCUUGUAGAGUUCUAUGCCCAGAACAGCCGGCUGAGAGAAUUGGUUAACUUGGUUGUGGUUGGUGGAGAUAGGAGAAAGGAAUCAAAGGAUUUGGAAGAGAAGGCUGAAAUGAAGAGGAUGUAUGAACUUAUUGAAAAAUACAAGUUGAAUGGGCAGUUCAGAUGGAUUUCAUCCCAGAUGAACAGGGUGAGAAACGGUGAACUCUAUCGUUACAUUUGUGACACCAAGGGAGCAUUUGUUCAGCCUGCUCUCUAUGAGGCUUUUGGCUUGACUGUUGUUGAGGCCAUGACUUGUGGUCUACCAACAUUUGCAACUUGUUAUGGAGGCCCUGCUGAAAUUAUCGUUCACGGUAUAUCUGGCUUCAACAUUGAUCCUUAUAAUGGCGAUUUGGCUGCUGGGACCCUCGUCAAUUUCUUUGAGAAGUGCAAGGCAGAUCCAUCUUAUUGGGAUAAGAUCUCCCAGGGAGGUCUAAAGCGCAUACAGGAGAAGUAUACAUGGCAGAUUUACUCCGAGAAGCUAUUGACUCUGACUGGAGUUUAUGGCUUUUCGAAACAUGUUUCUAACCUCGAGCAACGUGGGCGCAUGCGUUACAUUGAAAUGUUGCAUGCAUUGAUGUAUAACAAGCGGGUUAAGACUGUUCCUCUAGCAGUCGACUAGGAAAAAGUGAUGAGGCAUAACCGCAAAAGGCUGGUUGGAAAUGAAGUUUUGAAGUUUCCAAGAAUGAUUGCAAUUGAAAUUUUAUUUUUCCUAUUGUUUCACGUUUUCCUUUUUGUUUGAACUUGGGCCUUUUGUCCCACCUUUAGUUUCCUUCUUUUCUUUGGGAAUGUUUUGCAUUCGGGUUUGCUCCCAUGGAUUGCAAUAAAGUAUGAUUUAUCUAUCUUUAA